CUUCAGGUGGCGCAGAAAUUGCACGAGAGGGAGGUGAGGGAGAUUCUUGGAGGAGGACGAAGGGAUUGGAGAUUGGUGAAAAGGGGAGGGUCGUUGGCUACCAGCAGCAGUCGGACUCCGGAGCCCCAACACCAGCCAGCCAGCCAGCCAGCCUGCAAUCCAGACAGGCAGGCAAGACGAGCCACUUCGGCCAGACAGGCAUCGAUCCAGAGCCUGGGCAGAAAAGAAAUAGCACUCUGUCAUAAUUGGAGUUGCAUCAAGAAGUAGUAAAUAGAGGGCGGGCGUCUUGGUCGGCGGCUGGCUGGUUGGGGUCGCGUUUUUGGAGGUGCAGCAGCAGAAGCAGCAGCACCGGGGACAACACUCCAAGCGCCGUGCAGAAUUUGACGACAGAGCUGAUCGAGGGGACAACUGCUGAGCGGAGCAAUUACGCUUCUUCGCUCUGGGAGCCUCGGGGCCCUCCGUCUUUCUUAUUUGCGCUCGCGGUGUGAGGUUUACCUCCACUGCACGCUUGGACAGGAUUAGUGUAGGCCGUAGUGAGAAAGCAUAUUUCACUUGUGGAGGAGAUCUCGCUGCUUCUUGUGGCAAUUUGUAGUGCGGAAAGCGCAAUCCACAAGUGCGGAAGCAGGAAACCUGCGCGGUCGGCGGCUGAAGCAGCUCUCGUUCCAAGGAUAUCACAAACCUUCUCAAUUUGUCGAGCUUACCUCCUCCGGCUUUCAGUAACCCGGGGUUCGAGUCGUCUGAGUGAGGCGCUGUCAGGCGAGAACUCUCGCUUCUUUUCUUGAAAACAGGCAGUUGGUCUGUUCAAUCGUCGACAUGGAGCUCGACUGGUACUCCAGGGCCACCGUGAGCCCAACGUCUUCCCCAUCGACCACCUCCAGAUGGAGAACUAACGUCAAUGUGGCGGACUUUGAAAAGCAAACAUCCAGAUGGUUUUCCCUUUUGAACCUGAUGCAGGAUAGAGAUUUUUUCCGAGGAUCUGUUGUCGACGAGUGUCCUUCUCCACGGAGCAACAUGUCCUCUCCCAAGCAGAGAUCUCCCUCCCCGCCAUCGACACAACUCUCACCUCAGUGUGUUCGCUCGCUGACAGGGAAAGGUUCAUUGUCGUCGAAGUCUCACGUCUGCUUCGCCUGCGUGCUUCAUCACCAUGACUAGGUGUGGAAGUCCACGGGGACGAUGGCAGUGUGUAUGAGUAUGUAUACUACGACAAGCGGGAUUUUUGGACACGAGGUGUAAUAUAAGUAGGACAUUUAAAUUGGGAUCGGGUCAGAGGUGCCUUAGUGACUCCUUUACUGGGUUUUUUUUCCUUCUGAUUUUCAGUUCAGCUUCCUUCUCAACCUGAUGCGUGCAGGCAGCUGUGAUAUAUACGGUCUUAGAAUUUUCGCGGUUACCAUUGAUUCAGGGGAACCUUCCUACCAGUAAACGUUGGAUUCAAGUCAGGACCACAACAGAGGAACAUCUCGAAGGAAUCCUGGGGUGGUUCAGAUGAGCUUAUGAAAUGUGUCGGAUUCAGUCGAACGGUCUGUUGAUCGAGGACACAUCAAAGAUAUCCUUAGAGCGGUUUAUCAAGAAUCAUGCUGAAGAGAAAUCUUCAAAAACGCUCGAAGCAAUGGUGACCGAAACUUCAAAGUCGGAUUUGUUCUAGUGCGGAGGUCAUAUAGUUCAAGGUUGCAGAAGGCGCCGCACUGAUCAACUACGUCAGUCUCAUGCUGUCCGUCUGACAGUCAAGUUCAAAGUCUUCCUGCCACAGUGAUAUUUAGCGGGAGUUCUCGGAGAGCUCCGAAGAGUCAAUGUCUGCGCUGCAGCCGGAGAGGAUCCAGCUUCGCCAAUCUAUCUCAUCAUGUUUGAUCCUUUCCAUAUUAUGCUCAAGCUAAAAGCGUUGAGUGCUGCAUCGAGUGGUGAAAGCGACCCUCAUGUUUCAAGGGUGUUAGACUGCCAACUGUGAGACAAGACGAUGCGAGUCGUCGAUGCUGCCUGUUAGCAAAGAAAGGAAUUUACGGAGCAGUGAUUGACUUGCAUUUAGAGAUAUGAUUAGCAACUCUGAGCAGGAGUUGCGCCCGGCCUGCCACAUUGUUUCAUGUGAAAGUGUAACAUAUCAGCCCGAAGGGUUGGAAUUGCCAAUAAAUGGAACC